UUUUUGUUUUCAUGUGUGUGAAGGUGAAUUGACGUGUGUGUGUACACAACUCUUUCGAUGCGCCAUAUUAAAAUCAACAAAGAACAAUUUCAUAAAAAAUAUACAUAAAAUUUCAAACAACAAUAUAUUUAUUUAAACAAUCAAUCAAUUAAUAAAUUUUUUUGUGUAUUUUAUAAUUAAAAUCAUAGUGUGUGUGUGUGUUUGGCAGUGUGUUUAAUUAAGUAAUUAAAAAAAUCAAAAUUGACAUUUCGAGUAUCAUCACUCAUUGGCUAUCUGUCAUUAUUAUUUUUUUUUUUUAUUUUUUUUUCGAUUCGCAGCGUAUGACGCAGUAGAAGUGUAGAGGCAAGUGUAGAAGGUCGCCAGUGAAAGAAACAAUAAAAAAAGAGUAAAUUAAAUUUAAAAAUUAUUUAAAAUAUAAAAUGAAAAAUACAGUUAAACAAACAAAUAAAGUUUAUUGAUCAAUGAAAGCAGAAUGUCUGCAGAUUCACCAAGAAGAGGGUUGCACAAAGGCGCCCAAAUAAUAUCACCACAACCAAUUAGUGAUAAAUCAAUAAUUGAUAGUGUUGCUGGUAUUAUAAAUGACAUUGUUCCGCAGGCAUAUACUAGUACACCAAGCAAUGACAACAAAGAAGCAAUAACAUGGGCAAGAUUUGAAUUUGCUGAUACAACAAAUACUGAUUAUUAUUCUGAUUUUCUUGAAAUAUCAGCUUGUCCACCAUUAAUAUUAGUACUUGGAUAUGCAACUGGUGUACAGGUAUGGCUUGUUGGUGCAUCAGGUGAAGCAACAGAAGUAUUAUCAUGGCGUCAAGGUGUUGUACGUACAUUGAGAAUAUUACCAAAUCCAAAAUUAGAUGAUGAACAUCAAGAUUUAUAUGAAAAAAAACGUCCAAUUGUUGCAAUAUGUGAUUCAUCUGGUUCUGGUACACAAUUUUGUAAUGUUAGUUUUGUAUCAUUACGUACUGGUGAACAAGUUAAAAAUAUAAAAUUUAAAAAUCAAGUAUGUGAUGUAUUGGCAAAUAGAAAAACAAUUGUCGUAACAUUUAUUGAAAAAAUUGCUGUAUUUGAUUCACGUAAAUUUGAUGAUAUAUUAACAGUAACAACAUGUUAUUUAAGUCCAGGACCAAAUCAAAAUCCAAUAGCACUUGGUACAAGAUGGUUAGCAUAUAGUGAAAAAAAAUUAUUACCAACAAGACGUAGUAGUGGUGGUAGUGAAGGUGAAGGUGUACAAAGUUAUACAGCAACUGUAUUAUAUGCUGCAAAAUCACUUGGUAAAGGUUUACGUGGUCUUGGUGAAACAGUUGCAUCAAGUUUAACUGGUAAUAAUAGUAUCAGUAAUCAAUUAAAUAUUCAUCAUAAUAAUCAUCAUAAUUUAUCAAAUAAUAAUAAUGCAAAUAAUAAUAGCAACAAUAGUGGUGGUGGUGGUAGUGGUAGUAGCAACAGCCACAACAACAGUAAUAAUAUAAAUAUAAAUGAUACAACACAACCAGGUGUUGUAACAAUACUUGAUUUACAAGCAGCUAAAGAUGAAAAAGAAUAUGAUGAUUCAACAAUUGAAACAGUUGUUGCACAUUUUACAGCACAUAAUGAUGCAAUUGUAUCAAUGACAUUUGAUUUAACUGGUGCAAUAUUAAUGACUGCUGAUCGUCGUGGUCAUGAUUUUCAUGUAUUUCGUAUACAACCACAUCCUGGUGGUCCAACACUUGCUGCUGUACAUCAUUUAUAUGUUUUACAUCGUGGUGAUACAACAGCCAAAGUACAAGAUAUGAUAUUUUCAUCAGAUACACGUUGGGCAGCAGUAUCAACAGUACGUGGUACAACACAUGUAUUUCCAGUAGCACCAUAUGGUGGACAAAUUGGUAUGAGAACACAUUCAACAUCACAUGUUGUUAAUAGAUUAUCAAGAUUUCAUAGAAGUGCUGGUUUAACUGAUGAUACUGGUACACGUUCACAUUCACCAGUAUCACACAAUGAAAUACCAAUAUCUGUUUAUCCAUAUAAUAAUCCAAGACUUCCACCAUAUCCACAUCCAACAAUAAUACAUCCAUUAGCACAAAUACGUCAACCAUCAAAAUUACAAACAACAAAUUGUCAAUUAUUACAAACAAAUAUGAGAACACAACAACAAAGACAACGUUUACAUUCAGAUGAUAAUAAUAAUAAUAACAACAACAAUAACAACAAUCAUCAUCAUCACAAUAAUAAUCAUCAUCAUCAUAAUAAUAUAAAUAAUAUAACAAAUGGUAGUUUACCAUUAAAAAUAUGUGCAUUAUUUGCACCAUCAAGAACAUGGGCAUAUAAUACACAAAGAGAUUCAACAACAAGUAAAAUAAAUAAUACAAAACGUGCUAUUGAUUCAUUAUUUAUAAUGGCAUGUCAUGGUAAUAUGAUACAAUAUGAUUUAGAACCAAAACCAGCAACUGGUAUACCAAAAGAAAAAAUAUGUGAUGAUACUAUGAUUGAAUUGGAAGUUGAAGCUAAAGGACAAUGGCCAUUAUUAAGAUUAACAAAUUCCAUUGAAAUAAUACCACCAUUACCACAAUCAAAUCCAUUAUUAGUUUUAUUUGGUAAUAAUCAUCAUUUUACAAAUGAUAAAAAUGAACAGCAACAGCAACAACAACAACAACAACAAAUGGAUACUGCUGAAGAUCGUUGGUUGAGUCAAGUUGAAAUAGUAACACAUGCUGGACCACAUAGAAGACUUUGGAUGGGACCACAAUUUGUAUUUAAAACAUACAAUGCACCAAGUGGUGUUAAUUUAUCAGAAUCUGAAGCUGUUGAAAUUGGUGUUACUGGUGGAUCAAGACCAGCAAGAUCAAAUCCAGUUAAUAUGCCACAUUCUGCUACUGCUGCUUGUGGCACAAGACCACUUGUACCAGUUAUCAUUGAUGGAUCUGGAAGUAGCUAUGAACAAUCACCAAGAUUCAUGGAAGUGUAUGGUGAUUCAUUGGAAAAUGACAGCAUGGGAUCUGGACAUGGAGAAAAUCAAUUACGUGAGGAUCUUGCUGAAGCCAUGCUUGAAACAUCAACAGCACCCAAUAGAGUACCAGGGAGACGAUUGGUAGUUGAAAGGGUGGGACAACCGGUAACAAAAGUCGUCAAUCCAUUGGGCACCGUGAUAACAGUAUUGGCUGAUGAAGAAGACGCGAAUACAAAUCAAGAAUAUAAUGAUAUAGAAGAUACUCAUCAACAAGCACCUAGAAGUUUAUGUGCUGAAGAAGGUCCAGCAUCAUUGAGUGAUAUUGAACAAGAUGGUGGUUGUCCUCUUCGUAAUUUAACUAAAAUAUGUGCUGAAAUGCGUCACACAAAUGAAUCAACAACAAUUGAUACAAUAAGUGAUGAUAAUAUACAUGAAAUUAAAAUUAAUAAAAAUUUAUGUAUUGCUAUGAAUAAUAAUAGUAAUAGUAAUAGUAAUACAACAACAACAACAAUUGAUUAUGAAAAAACAGAUAGUUUUCAUGAUAUAUCAACAAAUUUAAGUUUAUGCGUUGAACAAGGUGAAAUAGUUCCAACAAGUUCAAUGACACAAUUACAUGAUAAUUAUUGGUCAAAAAAAAAUAAUAAAUUACAAAAUAAUAAUAAUAAUAGUAAUAGUAAUAUUACAAAUGCAAAAUAUGUUGUUAAUUAUGAUGAGGAUAGUGUUGUAUUAAUGGAAAAUAAAACAUCUGAUAAUAAAAUAAUAAAAAAUAUUGAUACAACUGAACGUGCAACUAAAAGACCAAAUAAACAAAUAACAUCAACAACACGUGCAACAAAACGUGUGACAUCAUCACAACGUGAAUUACCAAAAUAUCAUUUACAUGAAAAUGAUGAUAGUAUUAUUAUUGAAAUGGCAAAUUCAAAAGCAACACCACCACCAUCAUUGCCACCAGUUGAAGUUAAAAAUAAACAACAAUUUGUUAAAAUAAAUAAUAAUGAUAAAAAAUUAAAAACAGUUGAAGCUAUGAUUAUUGAUUCAAAACAAUUGAUAAAUAAUAAUAUUGAACCAAUUGAAUCAUUUGUUGAUUUAAAAACAAUUGAUGAUUAUCAAGAUUAUCCAGAAGCAUUGGAGCUCAUUGAUGAUACAACAACAGCAUCAUUACGACCAAUUAUUGAUGAUUUUCAUUGUAUGGAUUAUCAUAUUAUUAAUACCAAAGAAAAUACAUAUGCAAAUAAAUCAGAUGAUGAUAUUGAGCAUAUAUUUAAUACUGAUAAUACAUUAUUAGUUAUUGAUGAUGAUAAUAUAUUAACUGUUGUUGAUAAUAAUGUUGAUGAUAUUAAUGAUAGCUAUAAUAUAUCACAAAAUUUAUAUAGAAAAUGUAGUAAAAGUACAAUAUCUGAUGAUGAUUUAGAGCAUAUACAAAAAUCUGAAAUAUCAGAGCUAUAUGAAGGUGCUAAAGCAAUUAUUAUUGAUAAAAAUAUUGAUAAUUUAGAUAAUGAUGAUGAUGAUGAUGAUGAAAUUGAACAUAUUGUACAUAAUGAAGGUAUUGAUGAUACAAUAUUAUCAACUGCAUCAACUACACCAGGUACAUCAACACCACAAUCAGUACCAUCACCAUUACCAGGAUCAUUACCACCACCAUCAAUUAAUGAUCCUCCUCCUUCAACAACAGCAAAAAUACAAACAGCUAAAUUAUUUACAGAUAAAAAACAACAAAGAAAUUCAAGAAAACGUAAAGAUGUUGUUGUUAUUGAUACUGAACCAAUAUUAAAUAAUAGUAAUAAUAAUAACAACACAACAGAUGUUACUGUUAUUGUUAAUACACUUGGUACAAUUGAUGAAAAAAAAUUAACAAAUAAUAUUAAAAAUGAUACAACAACUGAAUUAACAGACAAUAAUAAAGAUAAAUUAAUUGAUCAAUUGAAUUUACAAAGUUUACCUAAAAAAACAAAAGUUAGAACAUCCAAAACAGCAACAGCAACAACGGCAACAAAUAUACAACAAAAAGUCAUAUCAAAUUGUAUUGAAAUAAUUGAUAUUGAUGCUAUGGAAAAAGCUGAAAUGACUGUUAAUAAUAUUGUUAAUAUACCAGAAUGUAAAAUACUUGAACAAUGUCCAGAUAUAUCAUUAACAAGACAUAAAAAAUCACGUAAAAAUAAAAAAAUAAAUAAUGAUCAUUUAUUAUCAAGUACAUCAUCAAAACAACAAUGUGAUCAACAACAAGCUACAAUAAUAUCUAAUGAUAAUGACAAUGAUGAUGUUAAAAAUUGGGAUAAAAUUGUUCAUAGACCAAUUUUAACACCAACAACAGUUGAUGUUAAAUUAACAGAUGAAAUAUCAAUUGAUGAUGAUGAUGAUAAUACUAAAACAGUUGUUCAUAAUGAUGCUGAUGUUGCUGAUGAUAAAGUAUUAGAAAAUGUUGAAAAUAAAAUACCAAUAAUUGAAGAAAAAAGUCCAUCAGUUGAAGAAAUAACAACAACAAAAAGUGAUGAUGAUGAUAAAAUUGAAAUAAUGAAUAAAAAAGAUGAUAAAAAGAUUGUGAAUAAUGAUCAAAGUGAAGUGAUAUUAAAAACGUCUGAUCAAGGUCAAGGAAUGAGUCAAGAUAAUGCAACGAGAACAGAAGAACAACAUGUUGGAACACCAAUGGAUACUGAAGAUGAUACGGUUGUUAAAGAUAUUGCUGAAAAACCAACAACAGCAACAACAACAACACCAGCAUUACCACCGUCAUGGUCAUCAGUUGCUAAAAAAAAUAACAGAUCAAAAAAGAAAAAACGUAGAUGAGUAGAGGAUUGCGUUGAUAUGCCUGGUGCCAGUCUUGCUCUUUAUAUAUUAUUCAUGCAAGUUACUGGAGUUGAUUGAUUAAAAUGGAAAUAAAAUUUAGCAAAAGGAAAAAAAAAAAAACAAAAAUAAAAAGACAAAAAAAAAAUAUAUAAAAAUACAAAGAAAAAAAAAAAAAAUAUUAAAAUACAAAAAAAUAAUCGAAAAAAAAAAAGAAGUAUAUUUAAAUGUAGAUUAUUUUUUUCUUUUUUAAUUUUUUUUUUUUUGCUUGUAAUUAUAAUCGAUUUAUAAAUUCGAUUAUAAAUUUUAUAAAAAAUAUUUUCCAAUUUAAUUAACAAGAUUAAUUAUCGAAAAAUUAACAAUUUUUUCAACUCUUUUUUUUUUCUGUUAUUUUUUUUGUUUUUAAAUCAAUGAAAAUUAAGUUGAUGAUAAAUUGAAUGAAUAGAGAUGUUAAUGAUGACCUUGACAACAAAUUAAACUGAAUUAAAAAAAUUAGAUAAAAUUAAUUAAAAUAUAAAUGAUGACUUUGAAUUUAUUAAUAGAAAAAGUCACUAAUAUUUAAAAUUUGGCCAUUCAGUGUUCAUUUUAGAGUAUAUCCAUGAUGAUAUAUAUUUAUUCAAAAAAACCAUUAGAUAUUUUAAAUGAUUAAUUAUCAUAAAUAGCUAGAAAAAAUUAUAAUUAUAUAUUAGCAAUGUUUAUGUGCAACGUAAAUAUUUAUCUGUAUUAUUUAUAGCUUUUGAAAAUCAAUUUUUAAUGAUGAUUGAUUAUAUUCAAAAUAUAUCAAUUUUAUUUAAAUUGACAAUUCAUCAUUAUAAAAUUGAAUAAGAAAUUUAAUUUUUUUUUUCUUCAAAAAGUAUUAAUUCAUUUGUUCUUAUAAAAAUACUAGCCAUGAUUUUUUUUCAAUACAAUUGGAUAAUUAUACCAGUCUCUAUUCAUUUAUUUAAAUAAAAAAUUUUUUUUUCUUCUUAAAAAACUGGUAAUCAUAAUAAAAUUAAAAUUCAUUUGAUAAUUCCAAUUAAAUUCAGUACAAAAAAACAAAAAUAUAAUAGUUUAAUUAAACACUUGGUAUUAUUUUACGGGUUUAUUGAUUGGAUUAUAGAUUAUAUUGCACAAAAAAAAUAAAAUGUUAUUUACGUGAGCACACAGAAUAGUUGAAUUUAUAUAAAAAAAAAAAAAUAAUAAUAAUAUAUACUGUAAUAAUAAUUAUUAUCAAGGUAUUUUAAAUAAUUAUUAAUUUUAUUUUAUUUUGCGUUUUAAAACAAAUUAAUAGUACUAAUUUUUAUCUAUAGAAAUUAAUUAAAAAAAAAAAGACAAAUCAUGUCGGAUUUUUAAAACGAGCUUUAUUAUUAUUCAAAGCUUAAUUUAUUAAUUGUACUAGCAUCAAAUAUUUUAUUCAUUAACGUAUUAAUAUUAUCAAAAAUUUUACGUUAAAUAUUUCGCAUUAAUUUUUUUCUUUUUAAAUUUAUUAUUAUUUGUCUUAGACUGAGAUAUUAUUUUAAUUUUUUUUUUGUUUUUUUUUAAAAAAUUCGUACCUCAUGUGAUUCAAUAGGAAAUUUUUUUUUUUUUUUAAUUAUUAUUUAUUUUAACGUGGUGCAAAUUAAUUGCCAUGAAAAUUGGUGCGAUGCUAAUUAAUUUGAAAUGAUUAUUAUUCAAUUUAAAUUAUCGUGUAAUUUUUUUUUUUUUGAAAAUACGAGUUUUAAUUUUUAAUUAUUUGCAAUAAAAAUAAAGUGUUCAUAUAAAAUAUUUCGAAAUAGUUUUAAUUUCGGUGCAUAAUAGAUGGAAAAUUUUAAGCUAAAUCAUUGUUGAUAAAAAAAUUUAUUUCAUUUGAAUUAUUUUGAUUUAUUAAGUUUUUCUUUUCGAAAGAGUUUGUCGGUUAUAAUAGAAAAUAAAUCAAUUAAUUUUCACGAAUAUUAAAAUACACAUAUAUUAAUUUACAAUAAAUAAUAUUUAACAACAAAAUAUAUAAUUAUUUAAAAACUUGGGUUAAAUUUUAAAUGACAAUACUCACUAUUAAUUAAUAAUUUAAUUUAAAAAAUAAAAAAAAAAAAAAAUAUAAAAUUUUUUUUUUUGUGAUAAUCACAAUCAGCAUUAUUAAUACAUAAUACGUAUUUUAAUUAAAUAAAAAAAAUUAAUUACUAGCUGCCCGAUUGUCACAAAAAAGUGAAAAAAUGUUAAAAAAAUAAAAAAAUAUUAAAACAAUCAAAUAGAACAAAAAAAAACUAAAUAAAUUUAAAAUAAAAAAAAAAAACGAUUUCUAAAAAUAUUGCAAUUUUAAUAAAUAACAAUCGGCAUUAAUAAUUAAUAAAAAAAAUAUGUGAAUUUAUGAUUUUAAAAGUUAACUAGUAGAAAAUAUAAAAAAAAAAAAAAUAAAAAGUAUUAGAAGCUAUUGAAUUAAUAAAAUAAUUAAUAUAUUCUUAUUUACAUUCGCCGAUUGAUGUUAGCUUUAUCUGUGUGCUAAUUAAUUAACAAAAAUUAAUUAUUAUUAUUAAAUUAUUGCCUUAUCAUUGAGUUCAUAAUACUGUAGGUACUAAUUAAAAAUUUUACACAGCCAAACUGUGUAAAAUACGUUUUAGAUAAUUAAUAAUUUAUUGCACAUUGAUAAAUAAAUAAAUAAAAGUAUUGUCAUUGAAUGUAAUAUUAAUUAUUAAUUAAUAAAUCAAUUAUUAUUACUCGUGAGAUUUCAUAGCACAUAUAAUAGAUUGAUAAUAGCUUUAUUCAAAAUUAUAAAAUCAUUAUUUAAAAAAACUUGUUUUCCUUUUAAAAUUUGACGAUGAAAAAAAUAUCUGUGGUAUAUAAAAAAUAAACAUACAGUGUGAAAUAUAAUUUUACAUCAAUAAUAAUAAUAAUUGAGCAAUAGUUUUACUGAAAUUAAAUUAUAAAAAUUAAAAAACUGUUUAGAAAAUUUUAACGAAAAUAAAAUACACGAGACGUAUGUGAUAAUCAUAAAAUGUGCUUUUUUUUUUGCUUUUUUUUUUGACUAUUUGUGGCAUUAAAGGUGAAAUUAUUGAUAUAACAAAACACUCACACAGACACACGAUAAAUAAUUGUACAAAAAAAAGAACAAAAAAAUAUGUUUGUUGAUUAAAAUAGUGUGUAAGAAUUAAAUCAGUGUGCAUUGUCACAUUGUAUUGCAAGAGAAAAUAAAUAAAAAAAAAAAAUAUUGAAGCAUAAAAAAUGUUGUUUAU